AUGGGCGAGCAGGUGGCGGUGGCAGGGCAGGAGGUCCAGAGGAGCCCACAUCACCCGCUGCCACCAGCACAUCAGCCUGCCCCGCCAGGAGAUGCCUUGCCAUUCAACGAGGCGCAGAAGACGAGCACAGGCGACGCCACGGCAGAGCCGGAGACAUCGGGCAAGAAGGAAAAACCUACGGUGAGCAUCACCACGCCACCUCGCCUGGACGGGAUUCAAAUCUCGGAGAAUGCGUCCGACAUCCCCGUCGGCCGCGUUCUGUGGAAGAUGUGGACCUACCUCUGGCCCCAUGGCGAGCCAAAGAUCAAGAUGCUCGUGGCCACCAGUGUGGUGUGUGUGCUGGUGGCCAAGGUGCUGAGGGUGGCGGUUCCUUUCUGGUUCAAGACGAUCGUGGACUUGCUGGCCCCCGCCACGGCAACAGCGGAGGCUGUGACGGUGGCCGGGCCGCUCACGGUAGGCGUGUUCGGGUGUGUUGUGGCGUACGGCAUCUGCCGCAUCACGACCUUCAUCUCCGAGGAGCUCAAGACGGUGCUAUUCGCCCCGGUCGGCGGGCACGCCUCCACGAAGCUGUCGAUGGAGAUGUUCAACAAGCUGCACCAGCUCGACUUCGACUAUCACCUCAGCCGCGAGACCGGCGUCCUGAGCAAAGACCUCGACCGCGGUAGCCGUGCGUUCUGGUCAUUGGCGUACGUGCUGCUCUUCAUGAUUGCUCCGACAAUCUUCGAGAUGGGGCUUGUAUGCUAUGCCCUCAAUAGCCAGGCUGGCCCGCAGUUCAUCGGCAUUGCACUCAUCGCGGUCUUCUCCUACGUCGCAUGGACGUUUUCGGUGACGAACUGGCGCUCGAAGUUCCGCACGCGCUACAACGCCCUUGAGAGCCGUGUCGGCGGGCUCAUUGUGGACUCGCUGCUCAACUACGAGACGAUCAAGUACUUCGGCUCAGAGAAGUACGAGGCCGAGCGUAUUCGCAAGGAAACAGAGAACAUGAACAAGAAGCUUGUGAUUCUUGAUCAGACGAUGGCGCUGCUGAACUUUGGGCAGCAGUUCAUUUUCGUGGUGGCCAGUGUACUGAGUCUGUACCUCGCCACGUGUGGUGUGCUGACGGGGGCGAUGACGGUUGGCGACUUAGUGCUGGUGGACGCGCUCCUGAUGCAGCUCUAUAUGCCGCUGAGCUACCUUGGCAUGAUUUACCGCGAGGUUCAGUCCAGCACGCAGAACAUGCAGGCAAUGAUAGCCCUGCUAGACCAAAAGUCGAGCGUGAAAGACAAAGCGGACGCGAAGGAAUACAAGUACAUCGACGGCACCAUCGAGCUGCGCGAGGUCACCUUUGAGUACAAGAAGGAGCUCAACCGCCUCGUCCUGCGCAACCUCAGUCUCACGAUUCCAGGGGGUAAGACGGUGGCCUUUGUCGGUCCUUCGGGCAGCGGCAAGAGCACCAUCUUCCGCCUCCUCUUCCGCUUCUACGACCCCACUUCUGGGCAAGUGCUGCUGGACGGGCAGCCCCUCGACAAACUGCGCAUGGAGAGCGUGCGCAAGUGCAUCGGGGUCAUCCCACAAGAUACGGUGCUCUUCAACGAGUCAGUUUGGUACAACAUCCGGUAUGGCCGCAUGGACGCGACGGAUGCCGAGGUGGGGGCGGCAGCGAGGGCUGCAAGCCUGCACGACACCAUAGCGCGCAUGAGCGAAGGCUACAACACAUCUGUCGGUGAGCGGGGCCUCAGGCUGAGCGGCGGCGAGAAGCAGCGCAUUUCCAUCGCGCGCGUGCUGCUGAGGGACCCUCCUAUCCUACUCGCCGACGAGGCCACCUCCGCGCUCGACAGCAUGACCGAGCUGAACGUGAUGGAGACGCUCAAGAACGCUACUGAGCGGACGCGGCGGCGCACAAUCGUCCUCGUCGCACACCGCCUUACCACUGUGAAGGAAGCCGACAUUAUCUUUGUACUCGACGGCAAAGGUGGCCUUGCAGAGCAAGGCACCCAUGCGGAGCUGCUGGACAAGGGCGGGCUGUACGCUUCUAUGUGGCACCAGCAGCUGAGCGAGCAGUAUCAGGCUACCGGCGGUGCCGCACCCGAAGACGCGUACGCGAAGGACGUGAAGUCCACUGCCACACACGGUUGA